AUGAGAUAUGAGGAUGACUAAAUACAUAGGUAGUUUUAGUUAGAUAAUUAUUUACAUUUUUGGUUGAAAUUAAACAAAAUCCUUUAAAAGCUUUUUCAAAAAAAUGAAGAGUUGCUUCAUCAGCAGUAGCAAAGUGUACAAUAGGGGUGUGCAUGAUCAUGUACAGAAUGAAAUAAUAAGCUAUAUUAUAUAACCUGUAUGAAAUUAUUUAUUGAUGUAUAUUCAGUACUUUUGAAGAGUUAUGUUACAAUUCGGUGUAAUCUGUAAAUAAUUGUGCAAAAUUUAAUAUUGAAAAAGUUAGAUGUAUUGACAAAAAAAAAAACAAAUGUGCUCAAGUCUCCCGAAAUACACGUAUUUAUUAAACAAUAAUUUUAUUUGGAAAUAUAUAGGUAUUGUAUAAUCAAAGUACAAAAAAUAUAUAUACAUAGAGUACAUAGUUAACAAUUUAAAGGUGAACGUGUAAGCUUUCGAUACAUCUAGGAGAAAAUUAUGUCAGAAAACUUAAUCGAAAACUACUCAUCAGUGACCUAAACUUUUUUUAAGUUAAUAGCUGCUUAUUUCUUAUGAAAUUAUAGGGAUAUAUAUAUGUGUUUGUUACAUUGAAUACAUAUGUACAUAAGAGCAUUUAGCAAGGUAAUUAACCCAUGAAACUAAUAACAAGCAUCGAUUGCUCCGUUCGCGUAAGCUAUAAAAGCGAGAUAGUUUCGACAGCUUUUACAGUUGCUAUAAGUUUACGAUACAACACGGUGUACGUUCGUCGCUUAAAUCUUUUGUUUCGUUUCUAUUAUCGUUGUAUUGAACAAUUGAAUAUAAAAUGAAACUAUUCAUAUUUGCCGGCAUUUUAGCUUUAGUAUAUCUUACUACUGCCGAAGAUAAAUACACAACUAAAUACGAUAAUAUUGACGUUGAUGAGAUAUUAAAGUCAGAUCGUUUAUUCAAUAAUUAUUUCAAAUGUCUGAUUGAAAUGGGCAAGUGUACACCAGAGGGACGAGAACUAAAGAAGACGCUUCCGGAUGCACUGAAAACUGAAUGUAGCAAAUGUAGUGAAAAACAGAAACAAAAUACUGACAAAGUUAUACGUUAUGUCAUCGAUAACAAACCCGAUGAAUGGAAACAACUCCAAGCAAAGUACGACCCUGAGGGUAUAUAUGCAGCCAAAUAUAAGAAAGAAGCGGAGAAACAAGGAAUCGCAAUUUAAAUCACCUUCACAAUUCAUAAUAUAUGACUAAUACAUAUUGUAAAUAGUUUUGUCAGUACAUAUUUGUAGAUAAGCACAUCUUUGUACACACAUGUACUCGUGUAAACGCUGACAUAUAUGUAAAUAAAUAAAUAAUAUUUCGGGGAAGAGACAUUUA